AUGGGAUGUGGUUCGUCAUCUGGAAGUUAAUUAGAAACAAGGGGUCUAAUCUAUAUUUAUUAUGGCACAACAACUGGGAAUUCGAGCAGAUUAGCCUUUUAAUUUGCCAGUGAAGUCAGAAAUCUUAAAUUUAUUCCUAAAAUUAUCAAUCUUAGCGAAUACAAUCCCAAAGAAAUGAUAUCUUCGAAAUUAAAUGUUUUUUUUGUAUCCACAUAUGGAAUGGGAUCAUGUACACCUGAUACUGAAAACUUUGACCAAUGGUUAUUUUGCGAAGAAAGAAGUAAAAACGAAUUUUAAGGGAUGAUUUAUUUAAUCUUUGCAUUGGGGAGUACUAAUCAUGAACACUUUUGUGAAUUUGGAAUAAGACUGGAUAAAAGAUUGGAAUAUUUAGGUGCGAAAAGAUUAUGUAAUUUGGGUAAAGGGGAUGCUGCAAAGGAUUAAACCGAAAACGACUAUUAAUAAUGGAUUCAUACUGAGGUGCAAUAGACUUUGCAAACAUAAUUCCCUUUGUACACAUGUGAUUAAGGUUAAUAGGAUUUUUCAACUAUCAAAAUUUAAAUAACUAAGGAACCAGAAGAUUUUUAGAGUGUCAAUCUUGAUUUCAUGGCUCUAAAAUAUAUUAACAGUAUGGCAUUCUCUAUAAGUGAAAUCAAAGAAUUAAAAGCCUUACCUGCUAGAGGCAAUUCUACAUUAUUGUUAGAUCUCUUCAAUCAAAACAUUGAGUACAAAACUGCUUACAAUAUAGCUAUCUAUCCUCAGAAUUCUGAUUCUGAUGUAGAUGAGCUGUGCUCUUUACUUAAACUCGAUAAAAAUGUGAGAUUUAAAGUAAUCACCAACUCGAAAUAGCCAUUCCCUAAUCCAAUUUCCGUUUAUACAUAUUUAAAAAAAUUUUGUGAUUUUUCUGGCUUAGUUACAAAGAAAAUAUUAAUUGAACUUUCAAAUUUGGUUAAUCAAAAACAACUAGAAGAUGAACUCCUUCAUCUUGCCUCAUUUGAAGGAAGAGAUCAAUAUUAAAAUAGAUUCAUAAAUUAAAAGCAGAAUUUACUUAAUUUAAUAAAAGAAUAUCAAAUCAACAACUUAACCUUAGAGAAAAUCAUUGACAUAUGCCCUUUAAUUCAACCAAGAUACUUUACAAUAGCAUCAAGCAAUAAGAAACAUCCAAAGAAUAUUCACAUAUUGGCUAGUCAAUUUGUAUUGAAUCAAGAAAGAUUAGGACUUUCAAGCUAAUUUUUCAGAUCUUUAAAAAAAGGAGAUGUUGUUAAAGGAUUAAUCUAGCCAUCUAAAUUUAAGUAUCCUAAAAACCCAAAAGCACCUAUACUUCUAAUUGGAAUUGGAGCUGGAUUGGCACCCCUCAGAGCCCUUAUUCAGGAGAGGGAUUAUUACUUAGAAAAAAACCAAUUUGAAAAGUGCCCAUUUUAAGGAGGAAUGAAAUUAUACUAUGGAUGUCGAACAGAAGCUGAGUAUUUAUGUAGGGAGGAACUUUAAGCUUAUCUAAAUUCAGGAACGCUAAGUGAAUUAAAAGUAGCCUUUUCAAGAAAGGAACCUAAACAGUAUGUCACAGAAUUAAUUGCUAUUGAUGAAUUAUAUUAGCAUUUCUAGAUGGAUGGAUUACUAUACAUUUGUGGAUCUACUGAAUUGGGAAGAGACAUUCAAGUCAAAAUAGCUGAUAUGUUUGAAUAUUUUGAGAAUAUUGAUCCCUAUUUGACUGAUUAAAAAAUAAAAGAACUCGAGGAAAAUUCAUAAAUAUUAACGGAAUAUUGGGGUUGA